AUGCACAGUGAGAAAUUCUUUGUUUUGGAUUUGUUACCUGUCGAAAUUCUCCACGAUAUUUUUGCUUAUCUCUGGGCACAUGAAAUUCUCUAUUCUUUCCAUAAAAUUAGUCACAAAAUCGACAGUAUUAUCACUAAUCAUCGAAAUUAUCAUGUAAAUUUUCGGUCGAUUCUAAAACAACACUUUGACAAUGUUUGUAAACAUAUUCAACCAAAGCAAAUUAUUUCACUCAUUUUAUCGGAUUAUACUGUUAUCUAUUUGUCACUUUUCCCCAUCGAACAAUUCGCUUGUCUCUGUGCUUUGACACUUUCUGACAUCCAAGAGAAUCAUCAUGCACUCUUCGCCAAUCUGAACCGACUGAAACGCGUAACUGUUUUGGAAAUUGAUACACUUUCUUACCUUGAAUUUAUCGAACCAACAAUCCAACUCAAACGGCUGAUUGUAACAAAAUAUUCCGAAGCUGAUUAUUAUCACGAAUCCUUACUCUCUUCUUUGAUAUUAUCAAAUCUUCGAUCUCUUUCGUUACCUUGCUGUUCAUACCAUCAACUACGUCAGAUUCUUUCUCAAGCAUCUAAACUAUCAUCACUAACAAUUUCACUAUCGAUAUCAGAUUGUACAGGAAUCGAUUAUUUUGCAGAACAACGUCAGGAUAUGCCACUUACUCUAACUCAUCUCAAUCUAUCCAUGCAUACGUUCAGUAAGUAG